CCAUACUGCAAUCGGCCGAAAUUAGUGAUAAUAAUAAUAAUAUUAAUAUUAAAUGAUAAUGUGGGAGCCUCCACGACUAAGUGCCUCCCUGCGCGCCAAGACGGAGCUGGAGGCGCGAAGCCGCCGUUUCAGCGUCCUCCGGCAAGCCAAAACCACCGCCGCGGCGUCCACGACAACAAACUCCCAUGACAAGGAGGAGCAGACCAUAGCCAAGCUGCUGGCCCAGAUGCCGGCGGGGAAGCAGCCGGCCGCCAAGGUCCAGCUGCAGAAGCUGCGAAACCUCGUGCAGGAAUGCAUGGGCUACGAGGAGCAGCCACAGGUGGUGGAGCACGCCGCCCUCUACCUGUUCUGGCUGCUGCUCGAGCAGCGGGUGCUCCUGGUGGCCACCAGCAACCGGCUGCACGGCAUGUUCGGCAACACCUUUGACCGCAAGCAGACCCAGAUCCACGACUGCGUUCUGGCCAUCGGCGAUGCCCUGGAGGAGAACGAGAGGGCGCAGCUAAAGCGCUGGCAGCAGGCACAACGCAAGGCGCCCGGCGUCGGUCCCCUGUGGGGGGCCCACGUCCACGUCAAGUGCCGGCCGGCAGAGUGGAUGGACAUCAGCCUGCUGACGGACAUGGCUCCGGACUCCCUGCUCAAGAAUCGCACGGUCAAGAAGUUCUCCAUGCGGUACAAGGCCAAGUGUGAGGCGGCGGCCACAAAGCGCCUGGACGCCGAGACCAGCAAGCUGAGCACGGAGCUCCAGAGUCUUCUCGGAAUCGCCGAGAAGCUGGACGACGAACACCUGCUGAAUCGCGUGGGAGACAUGCUCGGCUCCAAGCGCAGCAGCGAGGAGUUGCAGAACGAGCUGAUGGAGCUGCUCGGAUUCGAUCACUUCGAGCUGGUGGGACAGCUGCUCCAGGAGCGGGACAAGAUUGCCCGGCAGCUGGACCAGUUCGCCACCCGAUCCCGUCGUGUCAAGGAAGUGAAGCAGAAGCGCAGCAAGGCGGCGGCCGGUGGUGCAGCUGCGGAGCGACGGCCCACGGUGGCCAGCGCCGUGGUGGUGCAGUCGGCCCAGGAGAAGCAGUUGGGCAAGAUGCAGCGGCGGGAGGAGAAAAAGCUGCACCGCAUCAUGCGCAGCAUCAAGGACGAGGAGGAUCAGGACGAUCCGGGAUGUGCGGUGGCCGUAUCUGUGCAGCAGCUGCGCAUGCAGCACCAACGAAGACUUCUGGAGGCCGCCCAGCGGGAGCCACUGCUGCUCAGCACCAAGGCAGCCAAGGCGGACGCCAAGCAGGCGGCAUACAACCAGCCCAUUCACUAUCCCUACGUGUUCGACAGCCAGCUGACGGCGAAGCAGCACGCCGGCUUCAUUGGAGGCAGCCGGAUAACCCUGCCGGACAAUGCCCAGCGCGUGGACAACAAGCAGUGGGAGGAGGUGAAGAUCCCGGCCAGUGAGCCGCCACCCCUCACGGUGGGCAACAAGCGCAUCCAAAUCGAAGAGCUGGACGACGUUGGCAGGCUGGCCUUCGCCAACUGCAAGGAGCUGAACCGCAUCCAAUCCGUGGUCUAUCCGGUGGCGUACCACAGCAACGAAAACAUGCUGGUCUGCGCGCCAACGGGUGCCGGCAAGACGAACGUGGCCAUGCUGACCAUUGUGCACACGAUCCGCUGUCACCUGGAGCAGGGAAUCAUCAAUCGGGACGAGUUCAAGAUCGUCUACAUUGCCCCCAUGAAGGCCCUGGCCGCCGAGAUGGUGGAGAACUUCUCCAAGCGUCUGAAAUCUUUGCAGAUCGCGGUCAGGGAACUCACGGGCGACAUGCAGCUGACCAAGGCGGAAAUGGCGGCCACCCAGAUACUGGUCACCACGCCGGAGAAGUGGGAUGUGGUCACGAGAAAGGGCAGCGGCGACGUAGCCCUGAUUAGUCUGGUGAAGCUACUCAUCAUUGACGAAGUGCAUCUGCUGCACGGCGAACGAGGUCCCGUGGUGGAGGCACUGGUGGCGCGCACCCUCCGCCUUGUGGAGUCCUCGCAGUCGAUGAUUCGCAUUGUGGGCUUGUCUGCCACUCUGCCCAACUACAUCGAUGUGGCCCACUUCCUGCGGGUGAAUCCCAUGAAGGGUCUGUUUUACUUCGACUCCCGAUUUCGGCCCGUUCCGCUGGACACCAACUUCGUGGGCAUAAAGUCCGUGAAGCCGCUGCAGCAGAUCGCCGACAUGGACCAGUGCUGCUACCAGAAGUGCUUGGAGAUGGUGCAGCAGGGUCACCAGGUGAUGGUCUUUGUCCAUGCCCGCAAUGCCACCGUGAGAACGGCCAACGUGAUCCGUGAACUGGCCCAGCAGAACGGCACCAGUGCCGUGUUCCUGCCCAAGGACUCGAAUGCCUUUGGCUUGGCCAAUCGUUCGGUGCAGAAGAGCCGAAACAAGCAGCUGGUGGACCUCUUCUCCUGCGGCCUGGCCAUGCACCAUGCGGGCAUGCUGCGGGCGGACCGACAAAUGGUAGAGAAGUAUUUCGUUGAGGGUCACAUCUCGGUGCUGGUGUGCACGGCCACCCUGGCCUGGGGUGUCAAUCUGCCGGCCCACGCUGUCAUAAUCCGGGGAACGGAUAUCUACGAUGCCAAGCACGGCAGCUUCGUGGACCUGGGCAUUCUGGAUGUGCUCCAGAUCUUCGGACGCGCCGGUCGCCCCCAGUUCGACAAGAGCGGCGUAGGCACCAUCAUCACCAGCUACGACAAGCUGAACCACUACUUGUCGCUGCUCACCAACCAAUUCCCCAUCGAAUCCAACUUUGUGCAGUGUCUGGCGGACAAUCUCAAUGCGGAGAUUGGUCUGGGCACCAUUUCGAAUGUGGAGGAAGCCAUCGAGUGGCUGAGUUACACAUACCUCUUUGUUCGGAUGCGCAUCAAUCCCCAUGUCUACGGCAUCGAAUAUGCGGAGCUGCAGAAGGAUCCCACGCUGGAGGCACGCCGGCGAGCCCUCAUUAUGAAUGCCUCGAUGAGUCUGGACAAGGCCCGGAUGAUGCGCUUCAACCAGCGCACCAUGGACAUGAAUAUCACUGACCUGGGAAGGACGGCCUCGCAUUUCUACAUCAAAUACGACACAGUGGAGACCUUUAACGAGCUGAUGAAGCCCUUUAUGAACGAGGCGGAGAUCUUGGCCAUGAUUUCGCAGGCCCAGGAGUUCCAGCAGCUCAAGGUGCGCGACGAUGAGAUGGAGGAACUGGACGAUCUGAGGAGCUACUACUGCAAGAUAAAGCCAUUCGGGGGCAGUGAGAAUAUCUGCGGAAAGGUUAACAUCCUUAUUCAAACAUACCUUUCCAAUGGCUACGUCAAGUCCUUCUCGCUCAGCUCCGACAUGUCCUACAUCACCACCAAUAUCGGACGCAUCGCGCGAGCUCUGUUCUCCAUUGUCCUGCGUCAGAACAAUGCCGUUUUAUCGGGACGCAUGCUGCAGCUCUGCAAGAUGUUCGAGCGGCGGCAGUGGGAUCUGGACAGCGACCUGCGCCAGUUUCCCGCCAUCAAUGCCGAGACCAUUGAGAAGCUAGAGCGACGCGGCCUCAGUGUCUACCGGCUGAGGGACAUGGAGCAGCGCGAGCUGAAGGAGUGGCUGCGCAGCGAUCGCUAUGCCGAGCUGGUGAUCCGCUCUGCCCAGGAGCUGCCCAUGCUGGAGGUGGAGGCGAGUCUGCAGCCAAUCACGCGAACCGUACUGCGCAUCAAGGUGGACAUCUGGCCCAGCUUCACGUGGAACGAUCGUGUGCACGGAAAGACGUGCCAGAGCUUCUGGCUGUGGAUCGAGGAUCCAGAGUCCAACUACAUAUACCACUCGGAGCUGUUCCAGGUGACCCGCAAGACGGUGUUCAGUGGCCAGUCGCAACAACUGGUGAUGACCAUUCCGCUGAAGGAGCCCCUGCCGCCGCAGUAUUACAUCCGUGUGAGCAGCGACAGCUGGCUGGGCAGCACCACCUGCAUUCCAUUGUCCUUCCAACAUCUGGUGCUGCCGGAGCACCAUCCGCCGCUGACGGAGCUGCUGCCCCUGCGCCCGCUGCCGGUCAGCUGCCUGAAGAACGUCCUCUACGAGUCCAUGUACAGCUUCACCCACUUCAACCCCAUCCAGACGCAGAUAUUCCACUGCCUCUACCACACGGACAACAACGUGCUCCUGGGAGCGCCCACUGGCAGUGGCAAGACCAUCGUGGCCGAAAUAGCCAUUUUCCGGGCCCUCAACCAGAACCCCAAGUGCAAGGUGGUGUACAUAGCGCCGCUCAAGGCGCUGGUGAAGGAGCGGAUAUCGGACUGGGAGCAGCGCUUCCAGCGGUCCGCCCUGGGACUCAAGGUGGUUGAGCUCACGGGCGAUGUCACGCCCGACAUCCAGGCCAUACGUGAGUCCCAGUUGAUUGUGACCACGCCGGAGAAGUGGGAUGGCAUCAGUCGCUCUUGGCAAACGCGCGAGUACGUGCAGCACGUCUCCCUCAUAGUCAUCGACGAGAUCCACCUGCUGGGCGAGGAUCGAGGUCCGGUCAUCGAGGUGAUUGUCUCGCGCACAAACUUCAUCCGCUCGCACACGGGCCGGGCCAUCCGCAUCGUGGGACUUUCCACUGCCCUGGCAAAUGCCCAGGAUCUGGCCAACUGGCUGGGCAUCACCAAGAUGGGUCUGUACAACUUCAAGCCCUCAGUGCGCCCGGUACCGCUGCAGGUGCACAUCAACGGGUUCCCCGGCAAACACUACUGCCCGCGUAUGGCCACCAUGAACCGACCCACGUUCCAGGCCAUCCGAACCUACUCCCCCUGCGAGCCAACCAUCGUGUUUGUCUCCUCGCGUCGCCAGACUCGCCUCACAGCCCUGGACCUGAUCACCUUUGUGGCCGGCGAUUCCAAUCCCAAGCAGUUCCUGCACAUCGCCGAGCGCGAGAUGGAGCUGAUCCUGCAGAACAUUCGCGACCAGAACCUGAAGUUCUGCCUGGCCUUUGGCAUUGGACUGCAUCACGCCGGUCUGCAGGAGCAGGAUCGCAAGUGCGUGGAGGAGCUCUUCCUCAACCGGAAGAUCCAGGUGCUGGUGGCCACCGCCACGCUGGCAUGGGGCGUUAACCUGCCCGCCCACCUGGUGGUGAUCAAGGGCACCGAGUACUUCGAUGGCAAGGUGAAGAAGUACGUGGAUAUGCCCAUUACGGACGUGCUGCAGAUGAUGGGCCGGGCUGGACGGCCGCAGUUUGACAACGAGGGAGUGGCCGUCGUUCUGGUGCACGACGAAAAGAAGAACUUCUACAAGAAGUUCCUGUACGACCCGUUCCCAGUGGAGUCCAGCCUGCUGGGCGUUUUGCCGGAGCACAUUAACGCCGAGAUCGUGGCUGGAACGGUUCAGACCAAGCAGGCGGCCCUGGACUACCUCACAUGGACGUACUUCUUCAGGCGUCUCCUUAGGAAUCCCUCGUACUACCAGCUGCAGGGUGUCGAGCCGGAGAAUGUGAAUGCAUUCAUGUCCAAUCUGGUGGACCGCGUGAUCUACGAACUCUCUGGAGCCGCCUGCUUGGUGGAGCGCGACGGAUGCCUGGUGCCGACCUUCUUGGGACGCAUCAGUUCCUACUACUACCUGUCGUACCGCACAAUGAAGCACUUCCUGGAGGAUCUGCAGUCAGGCAUGGGCACCAAGGAGGUUCUCCUGGCCAUCGCCGAUUCCUACGAAUUCGACCAGCAACCAGUUCGGCACAACGAAGACAAGUACAACGAGCAGAUGGCCGACACGAGUCGCUACAGGCCCCCGUCCGCCUCCUGGGACUCGCCGUACACCAAGACAUUCCUUCUCCUCCAGGCUCACUUCUCCCGACAGUCGUUGCCCAACUCGGAUUACCUGACGGACACCAAGUCGGCCCUGGACAACGCCACGCGCGUGAUGCAGGCUAUGGUGGACUACACGGCGGAACGGGGCUGGCUGUCGACCACUUUGGUUGUGCAGCAGCUGAUGCAGUGCGUGAUUCAGGCACGCUGGUUCGACGCCAGCGAAUUCCUAACACUGCCAGGUGUAAACGAGGACAAUCUCGAUGUGUUCCUGGACAUACCGCACGACGAUCACGACUACUUGACGCUGCCCGUGCUGAGGGAGCUGUGCAGCAGGGAGUACGAGGUGCUGGCUAGGCCUCUGAGGGAUGCCUUCGAGGAGCAGGAGAUCGAGCAGAUGUACAAGGUCAUUCAAGACAUGCCCGAGAUUGCCCUGCAAAUCUCAGUGGAAGGGCGCUACUUGGAGGAGGAGUACGCCAAGCGGCCGCUCUCACUUGCCGCCGACACCAAGGGCUACUGGAUGCCCCUGCAUGCCAACGAGGACUACGUCCUGGCUGUGGACAUGCAGCGACUCAAUGCCCAAGCACAGAAGCGAGCUGGCGGGCGGGGCUACACGGUGCACUGUCCCAAGUAUCCAAAGCCCAAGAACGAGGCCUGGUUCCUGACCCUGGGCUCCCAGGCCAACGACGAGCUGUUCGCCAUGAAGCGGGUCACCGUUCGGGGCCAGCGCUCCUCCAAUCGCAUCUCCUUCCAGGCCACACCGCGGCGUGGACGCCUGCAGCUCACGCUGUAUCUGAUGUCUGAUUGCCUGAUCGGCUUCGAUCAGCAGUACAACCUGCAGUUCGAGAUUAUCGAGACGAAGGAAGUCUAAUCCUAGACGAAUAUCGUAGCAUUCUGUAGACUUGAGGCUUAGCUAUUAGGAAAUGGAUGUUCAAAUAGUAAUCGAUCAGUGGGAUAGUGAUUCCCUCGGCACAACUUGCGUAUUUAAUGUGUGAUCCUUCAAGAUAUGUUUAACAUUUCUACCAUUAGUAACUUCGACACGAAGCCCUUUGUUAACCAACCCCGUUGAACAGGCAUACAUGCAUACAUAAAAACCGAUGAAUAAACAUUUUUAUUACGUGAAAAUAA